ACGAGCUGAGCUGAAACGACGACGACGACGUUUCCCCCACGCCAUGCCCCAUGCCACCGAACAAUAAGCCGCCGACCGAAUAGUAUUAGCAACAGUUUCGACAGCAGAGUUCGCUGCCUUCGCUGCGCCCGCCGGGUUUGGCCGUGCUUCGCCGUGGAGAUGUGGAGAUGUGGAGAUGUGUUUCUACGUGCGUAUCUGAUGUGGAGGAGGGAUCUGGAAGAACAAACCUUGGGGGAAAGCGGAAUGCCAAGGAUGUGCGUGAGUGAGAGGUCGGACUCGCCAGAUGCUUAUAUGCACCUCGAGCUAGGGAGAUGUCACCAGCAGCUCAGCUGGAGCCUGGCGUCGGCGAAGUCCCGUCACGGCGCGGGGCGGGGCGGGCGCCAAUUGAGUGAGUGGCGACCGUCCUCCUCCCGUUCUCCCGUCCUCCCUGCCGCCCGUCGUCGUCUACCCUUCGUAUAUAAGACACUCCAGUCCGGUGAGGCUGCCUCGAUGUUUCGCACCAAGCCCAAUCCACUCAAUCACCAGAAACAACGUGAUCCUUCACCCUUCACCCGCAGUCCACCCAGUCCACCCAGUCCACCCAGUCCAACCACAAUUCACGUGACAUCACUCGAGCCAAGGCGUGCGCGUCCCCCAAUUCCUCCAAUUCCUCCAAAUCCCCCAAUGAAGUUUCAAACACCGGGCCGGAAGCGUGCCGAUCGCUGUUUGAGGGGGGUGGUGCCCCGUGCACACAGUCUACUAGGAAGCCUGGGGACGGAAUUCCUCCACAUUCGUGAAGUGAAGUUGAAGUGAAGUGAAGUGACUUGGCCGCAAUGGGUUUAUUCGAGACAUUUGGGUCACGUUAUGGGUGGGUAGAGUGCUGUGCUAUAUAGAGUAGAGUAGAGUAGAGUAGCCAAGAGUGGGUAAAGACAUGGUGGAGGCAUCAAACAUCGUGGAUAUGAGUUGAAUCCCGCACCUUCUUGCCGCAUAUCCAUCCGGAUUCUUGUCGUUUGGGACGCUAGAUGCUGCCGUGAGGCGUCUAUCGAGUAGGUCGAUGGGGUUCCCUAGUAUAGUCUCAGUCCUUUAU